AUGUCGGAUAGUAUUAAGUCACCUAGGGUCGUGGCUGAGCAUGUUGAGCCUGCACCAGAGGCUGAUAAUGAUGCGGCUUCCAUCACGAGCUCUGAAAACUCGACCACUUCGACUGAGGAGUUCGAACACGAGCCCUUUGAGACCUUCCAGCUCAAGGCGGUGGAGCUAUGCGAAAAGCAGUGGCCGCAUCUCUCCAAGGACGCCUUCACAGUCACACGUAUGGAUGGAGGCUCCUAUAACCGCGUCCUUGGCGUUCGAGUUGACGGCUCUUGGAGGCAGACGAGCUGGCUAAAGCGUCAAGCACAAAUGUUUCUUCGCACGGUUUGCCCGGGUGUAAUCCGCAAGACAGAAAUCCGAGAUUACGUUCUGCGUAUACCACGCCAGGAGCAUGCGUGGGUUGAACAUGAAGUUUCUAUCCUCAAGUUUCUCGCAGCGACAAAUCUUCCGGUACCUAGGAUUAAAAUGUUUAGCCUCUCAGCAGAGAACCCACUCGGUAGCCCAUACAUGAUCCAGCCACGUCUACCGGGGAAGCCAGUAACUGAGGUCUAUCUUGAGUUGAACACACAACAACGUGUUUCAUUCGCUAGAGAUCUGGGUCGUGCGCUGAAGCAGAUGGGCGAGAUCCAAUCCCCCUUUCCCGGCACACUGAAUCCUGACAGCAUACUCGCUGGAUCAUCAGACACCCAGCUGCUCCGCUUACAAUGCCCGCCACGGAACGCAUUUCGCCAAUCUGAAGACGUCUCUGAACCAUCUACGCCUCAAACUGUUUUCGAAUUCUUCAUGUCGCAAUUCGCUCGUCAACGCGCAUACGAUCUUACCCUCCACCGCGACUAUCUGAACCCAUGGAAACCCUUUGAAGCUAUCAUCCGACAUCUCCACACAAUGGGUCACCUGAACCACAACAUUUACGCACUAACACACAUGGACCUGGAGCCCCGAAACAUGCUUCUCCACGUCGUAUCACCCACCACUGCCUCGCUGUCCGCAAUCCUCGACUGGGAUGAGACCGUCUUCGCCCCGGCUUUCACAAAUUGCCGACCGCCAUUCUGGCUCUGGGAUCGUGAAGUCGAUGAAGACGAUGACGAUGACGAUGACAUGGAUGAGGCUGAUGCUCAUGUUACACCCAGCGAUGCUGAUCGCGCGGCUGUGAAAAAGGCAUUUGAGGAAGGUGUUGGUGAGGAUUAUUGCAAGUGGGCCUACAUGAAGGAGUAUAGGCUUGCUCGAGGCAUCGCGAAGUUGGCUAUCACGGGCUUCUUCUCUAACAUGGACUAUGAUGUCGCCGAGAAGAUUAUCAAGGAGUGGAACGAGAUGUUCCCGCAUUUGAAGGUGUGUGGAAUAUCUGAUUUUGAGGAAGAUGAAGACUAG